UGACCUAUACCGGGUAGCGGUCCAUCAUUCGGUCAUUGACAUUCCCCUUCAUUUGCCAAACCUUAAACCCGAGUCCAGUCCAUUACCUUCCCCUUUCAUCUUUCCCCCUCCCUGCUUCCUGCUUCCCCCGGUGCAGAAUUCUUUUCUCGAAGUUCAAAAGGUUGAUAGGAGCAAUCACUUCCAAAACACAAAUGGCGUCUUCAGCAGCCACCAGAGACUUACAGCGCGACCUAGAAUCCAAAGCCAACGAUCUUCGCAAACUCCAAAAAGAUAUUGCUAAAAAUCAUGAAAUCCGAAAGAAAUACACCGUUCAGCUUGGCGAAAAUGAGCUCGUUCUCAAGGAGUUGGAUUUGUUGAGUGAAGAUGCGAAUGUGUACAAAUUGAUAGGUCCAGUUUUAGUUAAGCAGGAUUUGGCAGAAGCAAAUGCUAAUGUGCGCAAGAGGAUUGAGUAUAUUUCUGCUGAAUUGAAACGUCUUGAUGCUACCCUACAAGAUAUGGAAGACAAGCAAAAUAGCAAGAAGGAGGGGAUAAUGAAGGUUCAGCAAAAAAUUCAAGCUCUUCAAGCUGGGAAGGCCAAGGCAUAAUUACUCAGCAGGAAUUGAAAUCAAAUCUGGAUUUCGAAACCUUACAUCAAGCCAAUUGGUUUCCAUCCUCACGAAGCACCACGUGGCAGAUGUUCUGCCUACAUCGAAUGUAACUCGUAAAAUGAUUGGCAGUUUGAAUACUUGAAUGUUUGGUGCCUUUGUUUUCCAUUCAUGAUAAUCUAUGCAGCCAGUGUGAAUCAAAAUUGGUCAUCCUGUUAUUGUAUGUAAAGCAUAUUCUUCAUGGGGUUACAUCAUCUGUCAGCUCAUUUGACAUCCAUUUACAUGCUCCUUCCUUAUCUUCCCUUAUCCCAAAACACAUCAAGAAUGUUGUUAUAAAAGGCUGGCACACGAUUUGGCCGUGCAGUACAAUUAUCAUGGACAAGCACUUGCUCAGUUGUUCCACUUCCAGACUAGGUAGCAUUCGAAUGGCUAUUGUGAAAUGUGAAAAUCUGAUAAGUUGUUUUGAGUUAAGAGAGAAGCAAUGAUACUCCCUUUGUUCCUAAAUACUUGCAAUACUUGAAUUUAGUGAGUAACAUUGUGUACAAGGAAAGAAUAAACAAACGUGCAACUAGGUUAUUGGAAAUUGUUUAUGAAAAAGAAAAUUUAAAAA